CAUAUUGUAAAUAAUAAAAACGCGCGUAAAAUGGAAGACAUGGAAAUUAAAGAAGAAAAUGAAUCUGUUAUUGAUGAAAAGCCGGUGGACAUAAAUAAAAUAGGCUCGCUUAAGUCGCUGGGGCCGUUCAUAGCGGCACACGAAAACAGUCAAAAUACGGUCUAUUUGAGUGAUGUGCCGGCAAUCUGUAAGGAACAGCCCUGCAUGCUGGGUGUCGAUGAGGCUGGACGCGGUCCUGUCCUGGGUCCAAUGGUUUAUGGCAUCUCCUACUGCCCCCUGGAGAGCAAGAGUGUUUUGGUGGAGUUGGGCUGCGCGGACUCGAAACAGUUAACCGAGGAGAAGCGUGAUAUCAUCUUCAAUGAUUUGAAUACGCUGGAAUAUGCCAACAGUUGCAUUGGCUGGGCAGUGGAAAUCAUUUCGCCCAAUGUCAUCAGCAGCAGCAUGUAUCGACGCACCAAGUGCUCGCUAAACGAGAUCUCGAUGGACUCGGCCAUGGGUCUGAUACAGCACGCCAUCGAUGCGGGCGUUAAUAUUGCGGAGGUCUAUGUGGAUACAGUGGGUCCGCCGGAGAAGUAUCAGGAGAAGCUGCUGAAGCGGUUUCCCAAUUUCAAAAUAACGGUGGCCAAAAAGGCUGACUCCACCUAUCCGAUCGUCUCGGCGGCGAGUAUAUGCGCCAAAGUGACCCGAGAUCAUGCCCUGAAGGUUUGGCAGUUUCCCGAAGGAUUGCUCAUCAAGGACAAUGCAUUUGGCAGUGGUUAUCCCGGUGAUCCGGUGACCAAACGUUUUCUCACCGAGCACAUUGAUCUGGUCUUCGGUUUCCCACGGCUGGUGCGCUUCAGCUGGUCAACGGCCGAAAAUGCUCUGGCCGACAAGGCGUUCGAAAUGGAGUUUGAUGAGCCCGAUUCCGAGAAGCCCAAAUAUGCGGGCACGAAGCUAACCAAGUUCUUCAAAGGCACCACCAAAACGGGCGAGGUGAAGCGCGAAGAAUGCCGUUUCUUCAAGCAGUGCCAUUUAGAUAAUGUUACCGACUUUUAACAAUUAAUAUCCUAGACUUAAUUCCAGAUACACUAUAAAUAAGCAAAUAUAAAAUAGAAUACUUUUAAAUUAUUGACAUCUCUGCGAGUGGAAUCGGGACAGAAAUUUCACCUGUUCCGAAUAUUUCUUCGGGUUCGAAACAAAUACAAAAAGAGCAUAAUUUCUCUGACUGGAAUCGGAAAAGAACUAAUCUCCAACACAUCACCAGACUAAGGAAAAUUGGUGGCAGUUGUUUCUAAUAAAAUCUACCAAUUUAAUUUUGAAAAGCGCACGACAUUUUCCAAUGAAUUUUCCUUAUCCAACUCAGUGUUUAUUUAAAAAUGUAUACAAGGGAACUUAAAAAUAUAUGCCAAGCGUUAAAUUGUCAUCUUCAUCAGAUGUAAAUCUCUUUUUAGCUCCCACAAAACAAGCGCUUUAAGGAAAAUUAAUGUAAUGUCAAAUUGUACAAUUUAUUCUGUAAGUUUCUCUGUUCUGUUCAUUAUUAAAAGCUUUGCUCUA